UUUUCUUUUUAUAUAUAAAAAAUAGAAAUGAUGCUAACGGCAAGAUAUAGUCGAAUAGGAUUAUUAAUAUUAUUUCCUUUUUGUAUAUUUUUAUUAAUAUUUUAUAGUUCUUAUAACAAGAAUUUAAAUACAUAUAAAUAUGAUUAUGAAAUUGAAAAGAAUAGCUCAACUAUUCACCGAGAAAAUGCUGCAUUUGUUGUGUUGGCACGUAACUCUGACUUGAACGGAAUUAGAGAAGCAAUGCAGAUGAUGGAAGAUCGUUUUAAUCAUAAAUACCAUUAUCCAUGGGUCUUUUUAAAUGAUCAGCCAUUUGAAGAGAAAUUUAAAGAAUAUACAACGGGAUUAGCUUCGGGCAAAACUUAUUACGGUGAACUAAGUCAUGACAUGUGGGGUUAUCCUGACUGGAUUGAUCAAGAAAAGGCAAGAAAGUCAAGAGAGGAAAUGGAGGCAGCUCAAGUUAUCUAUGGUGGAGUUGAAUCCUAUAGACAUAUGUGCAGAUUUCAAAGCGGGUUCUUUUUUAGACAUCCUUUGAUGGAACAAUUUGAUUAUUAUUGGAGAGUCGAGCCCGACGUUAAAUUUACAUGUGAUAUUGAUUAUGAUCCAUUUAAAGUAAUGAGAGAAAAAGAUUUAAAAUAUGGAUUCACUAUAUCUUUAUAUGAAUAUGAAAAUACCAUUCCAACAUUAUGGAAAACAACAAAGCAAUUCAUGAAGGAAUAUCCACAACAUAUUGUCCCAACAAAUGACUCUGAGAGCUUAAUGAGUUGGAUUACCGAUAACGGUGGUGAAACAUAUAAUUUGUGUCAUUUUUGGAGUAAUUUUGAAAUUGGCUCCUUGGCGUUUUUAAGAUCUCAAGCCUAUUUAGAUUAUUUUAAUUAUUUAGACAAAGCGGGUGGUUUCUUUUAUGAAAGAUGGGGAGAUGCUCCAGUGCAUAGUAUUGCAGUAGCUAUGAUGUUGAAAAAAUCUGAUGUACAUUUCUUUUAUGAUAUUGGUUAUUUCCAUAAUCCAUUUAAAAAUUGUCCUAGUGAACCCAGUUGGCUUCCAAUAGAGAAAUGUAGUUGUGACCCAUCAGAUAGUAUGCAUGAUAAUAAUUGGAGUUGUACUCCUAAAUUUUUGAAUCUUGUAAACAAGAAAGUAACAGACUUUGUUAUUACCAAAAGAUAUUAAAAGUUUAUUUUUGAUAAAUGGACGGUAAAUUCUCUUUAUCAAUAAAAGCAAGCAGAGUAGUAUUUAAUUCAGCACUAAAAUAAAGCAAAGUUUAAUUUAAGAAAAAAAAAAUAUGUGCACUUUAUAACUUACUUUGAACAAACUACAAACUUUUUU